CACCUUUCGAAACUGAAUUUAUCAUAAAGGUUCAACAGAUAAAAAAAUAAAGGUGUCCCGUUUCUUUUUUCCGUUGCUUCAAAAACGUUGCACGUUCGCUCAGAAGGUUUGGGCGUCACGGUGCCUCAGCAACGAUGACGGAGCAAACCAAAACAAGGAUGUGAGAGGGGGGUAGACGGAACCGAUGAUUACAGUAAAGUCUCACUAUGAGGGCAAAAUAAGACCAGUUCGGGGAAAUAAAGGACGACAAACAAGCUCUCUCCAAGAUGCUUCUGUUGCUGCUGCUGACUCUUUGUCUGCCACUUGAAGGCAACACGUCGCAGAUCAGCUGCUACAACGACCAAGGAGAUGCAGUCGACUGGUUCUACAUCUACAAACUUCCCAAAGAGCAUCAAAAAACAGCUCCCAGAAGAGGUGAGCAGUACCUGCUGCUUGAGAAAGGCGGUGAAGGAUGGAUGGAGGGGAAAGUGACGGUGAACGACAGUUCAGGGGCUCUGGGCCGGACGGUGGGACAGCUCUACUCAGAAAGAAAGAGCUCAGAAGUGGCGUACGUCCUUUACAACGACCAGAGCCCGGUUGACGGGUUCGGUGACGGAAGCGGAAACUCAGGAGGUCACACCAAAGGUGUUGUUCUGCUGGAUCAAAACCAGGGCUUUUGGCUGGUCCACAGCACCCCCCACUUCCCCCCGGAGCGACAGGCUGGAGAGUAUUAUUAUCCGAGCAGCGGCGUGAACAACGGGCAAAACUUUCUCUGCGUUACCUACCCGCUGAAAAGCUUUCAGACCAUCGGAGAGCAGCUGCAGAUCAAUCAGCCUCACGUGUAUGACUGCGACAUCCCAGAGUCCAUGGUGUCCUUGGUGCCUGCGCUGGCCGCCCUCUGUAAGAAGGCGCGCUUGUCUGAUGAGGUCUCUUCCAGACCCAUGUCCAACCGCAGCAUGACGUUGACCUCCAUGGACGGCACCAACUUCAUCAGCUUCGCCAAAGGAGCCUCAUUCGAUGAUGACCUCUAUCACGGUUGGGUGGCCCCGGCUCUCCAGUCAGACCUGCUGGUCCAGUUCUGGAUCCGCUCCACUGGCAUCCUCCCCUCGGACUGCUCGCUGGGCUGGAAGGUUCUGGACAUCACGCUCAUCAACCCUGGCCAGACCUUCGCCUUCAAGAACAGCCAGGACCACUCCAAGUGGGCGGUCAGCCCCAAACAGGCCUGGGGAGGGAAGGGGGGAGGCUGGGUGUGCGUUGGGGACAUCAACCGGAACGAGGCGGAGGAGAAACGAGGGGGGGGGACGGUGUGUCUGCAGGAUCCAGUGGUGUGGAAAGCCUACCGGUCGGCAGCCCUGCAGUGUGAGGCCUGUGGAGGAGGAACCAUGCAGUGCUGACGAGUCCCCUGAUGGGUCUGGCAGUUAAUUCUUUAACCCUUUAACACCGGAGUUGUCAUUGGCGACCCCUAAAUAACACGCACUUCUUGACCUACUGUAGCUCCUCGACCCAUUACGGCGAUCAAUGUGAAUCCGUUGAUUCUGAUGUGGAGAAAAGCGGCUUUUCAUAUCAACUUUGCACCAAAAUGCAAAAUAUUACUUAUGUAAGGUGUUGCAUAGAGGAAAGUGUUGCAAAUCAGCGCAAAGCCACUUUUCUCCGCUUCAUUGCGUAAGCGGUUGAAGAAUUACGGUAGUUGAAAGAAUGUAAACCCUGGAGCUAAAGCUCAGGUAAUAAAGGGUGAAGACCAGAGAAAGGAAAUAACACACUCGUCAAACUACCGUAACCCUUCGACUGUAAGUAAUUAACAUGAUUGUAUCCUAUCUGAGGCAGACAAGAGCAUUGUUUUCCUCCGCGUCCGAAUAAGCUAGAUUACAUUAGUUGCAUAAAUGGUUAAAGAGUUACGAUAUUUGAAAGAACGUCAACACCUUAACACUCCGGUGUUAGAAGGUUCAGGGGUGCAUAUGAGAGUCUUUUGCUAAAAACAUUUAUGUGGACGAUGCUGACGCAGAUGUCACUGAUUCUGAUCAUCAAAAUAGUUCCAUGUGGUUUCAAACAUCCCAUGGACUCACACUUCUUAGUUCUGUUUUUUAUUUUUGUGUGUGCGUUUUUUGUUUUUGUGGUAAAGCACUUUGACAAGUUUGUCACAUAUGAAAUCAACACUGGAGUUCAUGAACCUUACAUUAAAAUGAUUUAAGACAGUU